UGGUUACCGAACACUCUUCGCUGGGGCUUCAUAUGGCUUCCUCUCGCGCUGUCAUUCUCGCUUAGUCUUGUGAUUUCUAUGAUGUGUUGGUAUUCGCAAAAACACUCCGGACUAGGCAAGGUCGACGGUUCCUCGGUGCUUCUUUUCGGCUGGAGAUUUACCCCCACGAUUAUUGCCGUACUCUACAACCAAUUGACAGUAAUGCUCUUUGACGAUAUCAGACGAACAGAACCCUUCGCGCGACUCGCUAAGCCAGGUGGGGCUGGAGCUUUGCCAACACUGCUGCAGGCCCCAACGUUCUGGUGGACUGCUCUGAUUGAGGGUUCUCGCAAGAAGGAUGGAAGGAGGAGCUGGCUGCUCAUACUCGGAACUCUUGUCAACGUUUUCGCCUUUCUUAUCAUUUCCCCACUCUCGUCCGCACUUCUGGCUCCUGACAACGUUCGACUUCCUCAACCUGUCGGAUUUGCUCGGACCGAAUUGAAACAAGAUGCUGUUCUACCGGUGCACUUGGAAAGAGAUACGUACUUCCGGACACUAGGAAAUGUGCUCCAAAACGUAACAACAUCCCCUUGGAUCACGGAUCGAUAUACUGUCUUACCGUUUUGGCCUACGAGCUCCAACCACUUUGUGUCGAGCUCGAGAUUACCACCUACGGGCCAGACUUGGGAAGUGGAAGGUAUCGUAUUCAGUAUCGACUUUAACUGCCAGCAUCUUGACAUGGUUACCUUCUCCGACCACAGUAAUCGUACUAUUUUCCCUUUCCUAGGGAAUAUAUCCGUUACCAUGGAAUCUGUCGAUGGAUGCAGAAUAGACCUGUCAAGUCCUGCUUCGGCGUUAUCCCUGACGGGCGGAAGUUUCUGGGCCGACCUCUCUUCUUUCCCGGAUGUUAUCCGAUCGAUGCUGGAAUUGACUGGACCGGCCUCAGUCAAUGUCUCCACAAAUUGCACUGGCAAUGAAGUUCUCUAUGUCAGUGAUACUUGGGACUCGACUUCGCCAGCCAAUGCCUUCCAGCAAUCGGCGUUAAACGUCCACGUUUGCAUGUCCAGCUAUUACAGUACCGUUUUGCCAGUGACAGUGGCAAACUCUGGUGCCGAGGUCACCAUCCAAUUCAACGAACAAGAAUUCUUGAAGAAACGACAGUUAGUCACGAACGGUAUAGAUGUCGCGGGCCUUCAAAAAGCAUAUAUCGACCCAAGCUGGAGUAGCUACAUGCCCUCACUCUCGAUAGAUUCCACUCGUAUACUAACUAAGUUCAUUGGCGUUUCUAAGGUCCUUGCCGCUCAACACCGUUUCAAUGCUAGCCAGAUGGCCCGAGCUGCUGAUAUUCCGGAACAAGCAGCACGGCUCCGGAGGAGGUUCUUUAGCGAGGUCAUGCAGUCUUCCGUUGCACAAUCUGAUGCUGCGACGACACAAAAUGCAGCAGGACACGUGAUUAUGGGGCAGAGAAGGAUUGUCGUGGUAAAAGAAGCUGCCAUCAUUUUGGGAUUUGUCUUCGCGGUAUCCUUCUUCUUCCUUGUGGCUAUUUGUUGGCUCUCGCGUACCCGAGUUAGGCCGACCAAUUUGACGCAAGACCCUGGCAGUGUUCUUGGAAUAGCUUCGUUAGUUGCACUCGGACGCGAGCCUCUUCAAGGGUUGAAGGACUUGGAUCAGAGCUCGCAGAAGGUAAUGAAGAAAGCUUUACAGGAGCGAAGGUAUUUUUCGACUCCAGGGCAACUGCAUGUGGAUGAUAAACCAGGACAAGAGAUGAGCUCUGGAACAAGGACUGACACCUGCAUAUCUACUUCAUCCCCGAACUGGAGACCCACAGUUCUCCGUCUGCGAAGUUUCUUUGCCUUGGGGUUCUACGUUUUAUGUCUGAUUGUUGGGGUGGCCGUGCUGCAGCACUUUGCGAAUCGGUCAUCGGGUCUUUAUCAAUCUGCAUUCGUAUUCCAAGCAAACCUUCCAGGCUUGAACCAAAACCUAGGAACCAUUGCGCCCUUUUCGAUCAUACCUACCCUCAUGGCUAUCGCUGUUGGCCUAUGGUGGGAAGGCCUUGAUAAAUCGUUUCGCACGCUGCAGCCGUACUUUGCAAUGUCAAACUCAAAGUCUCCAGUCCGUGUUUCCCGUGGAUUUGGCCUUUCGUAUCAAUCUUCAUACUGGCUUUUCGCUACCUGCAAGGCAUUGCUAAAUUCCCAUUGGAUUCUCGCCUUAGUCACGCUCGGGACGUUUCUUAGUCAAGCUUUUAUUAUAUCUAUGUCAGCCCUCUUUGAGCGUGACACAUCUGCCUUUGUGCAAUCCAUCAUCCUCAAUCGCACAAUUGGACUCCGCCAGAUUCCCUAUAUUCAAACUGAAGACGUGAGGAAUGUCCCUGGCCAAACAUAUGCGAACAAUAUACUCAAGGAUCUCUUCACGAAUCUUACAACAAAUUGGAUGUACGGCGCGGUUAUUCACAUGACUCUUAACGGUUCAGAGCCAGCCUGGAGCCACGAAGGCUGGAGUUUUGUACCAAUCGAUCUUGCUGGAGUGACAAAUGAUCACCCGAAACAACACCUGGGAUACCAGACCAACGAUGAAAAGCUUGCCGCCAGCAUCUCGCCUGUUAACGUCACGGUUUCUACGCCUGCUAUUAGGGGCCGGGUAGAAUGUACUCCAGUCGAAGAAGCUCGUGAUCAUUCUUCGUGGCUCAACACCGAGGAUCUUACCAAGGAUCCAUGGGUGAGUAUCCGAACAGAGCUUACUACUGGAUAUUCGUUAAAGCCGAUUAUGUUUCCGAAUAGAGAAUAUAAUACCUCGGUUCUAACGAGCAAGACCUGGGUUCAAUGUUGCAACAACGAUACCACAAAAGACAAGGAUCUGGCUGUCCCUGUUUCCAUAGGGUAUUGGUCUACUAAUGAUCCAGAGAGCUAUCCCCAUGUAAAUCAAACUUGGCCGAGGAACUUCACGGCAAAAUGGAUACGAGGGCAAGCACGACACUACUACAUUCCAAGCGAGGACGGCACUGAAUUUCAAAUAACAUGGAAGCGAGACGAAAGUAAUGGCAUGCCCCAUAACUCCCCAUUUCUCAUAUUCACCUCCCUUCCCUCCAUCCAAAUCCUAAACUGCGUCCCCAUAAUCGAAACUGCAAACGCCGAAGUCGUAGUUGCCCAAAAAAGUGGCCGAAUACAAUCCUACAAUAUCCUCGACACCCCUAAGUCUGCACCAGAAGCUUGGUUCGAUGCCUUUGUCGUUCACAAUGUCACUGACCCGAGCGAAUCGAAGCCAUUCAGUAACGAUACUGUUUUCACCGAAAAAGUUGGGAGCCGGAACAUCACCGCUAGCUAUGGUAUUCUCUUCCUCUCUUCUUUGCUCGGAGCCGGGGAUAUGUAUAAUUUCCAAGACAGUACAAUGGCCAUAAGAAAUGAGAGAUUCUCUGACUCCGUGUUUAAUAUCCGCGCGAAUGGAUCAGGGCUUAACACGGAUUUUAUGUCGUAUGCAGCGUACGCACAAGCUGGGAAGGAUGCGCAGGCGAUGUUGGAUCCCGAGACGUUUCUGAAGGGCACGCAGAGGGCUUUCUCGACCUUCUUUCAGUACUAUGUGAGCACUGAUACUAAUCUAGUGGAAGGGGGGUGGGCGUUUCAGCCCAGGCACCUGCAACCCCCAGAUUUAGGCAAGCCUAUUGAUCCAACAAAGAUCAGGAUCAGUGAGGAGGUUACUAUCGCGGUGAAUAAAAGAGAGGCUAAGAUCUCAGAUUCAGAUACAGCCAUUUCUCAGGUCUCAACAGAAGUGUCAACACUCCGUAUGAACCAUAUUGCGACGUGGAUGGCUGUCGGCAUCUUAAUCUGGCUUCUUAUCACCACUCUCACUGUUUCGCUCACACUCUGCACGUAUUUGAAGAGUCUGGUUAGAGGGGUUGAGUGCGUAGCUGAUGUGCUUGCGCUUAUUGCUGGGAGUCAGCGGUUGCUUGAUUUGGUGAAGGAGAGGGGUUCUGAGGAGCUGAUGCGGGAUAAGGAUUUGAGGAUGAAGUUGGGGUGGUUUAGAGAUUUGGAUGGGAGGAUUCGGUGGGGGGUUGAGGUUGUU